UCACACUGUUCCACGUGUUGAUCGCUAUAUGGAUUAUGAUCGGCGUGGGCGUGUGCGUGUGGCGGUUCAUGGCGAGGCAGUACCAGUGGCACGGGGAGCGGCAGGGGGAGCUGAGGCAAUGGUGCUCGCAGCGAGCCAUAAUGCUGGAGCAGCAGCUGUUAGCUCACACAGGGCAAACUCAGACACUGGCAGGCUUGGUGUCAUCCCUGGGUCACAUGGCGGGGGAUGGCCAAUGGGCGCUGGACACGUGUCUUUCUGAGAGGCGCUGGAUGGCGUAUCUCACCCAAACCACGUCCACCCGGCCUGGAUGCGCUGGGGCGUUUGCGUGUCUUUACGUCACGCACGCUCAGAGGCGUGCGUUUGAGCGCCGGAACAACGCCUCCAUCACUGAUGCAUUCACCACCCUGCCACGUGCGCUUGCUGCGAACUACUGCCCCAAGGUGCUGGUCGUGGGCGGUGAGUCGGGCACAGCACUCUUGUCCGAUGCCCUGCAGGCCUUCCCCUCGGAGCUCUCUCUCGUGCGUGCCUCGGCCAAGGAGACGUUUACCCUCUACUCACAACAAAUCGUGCGUGCCUCAGCCAAAGAGGUGUUCACACUGCCCUAUGCCACUACCGCCACUAGCACUGCUGGGCUGGUUCCUCUUUGCAUUCCUCCCUGUCAUCCCUCCCUCCUUAUUCUCUCCGUAUCAACGCACCACACCGUCUUCCUUCCAUUUUCCACCUCUUUCCUCCCUAUCACCACACCAGGCGUGGUCUUUCCAGUGCUGCAACAGCCCCUCGCCUCGUCCUCCUCCUCCUCACAGCAGCAGGCACAGGCAGCAGUGGUGGGGGCAGUGACCACCACCAUCAACCUCACAGCCGUCGUGCAGAGUGUGCUCUCUGAGAUCUUCUCCUCCACUCCAUCCGCACGCUCAGACCGAUCAUUUGAGCUCUACGACACGACAGACCCUGCCGCCCCGCUCAUGCUCGCCGGCCCCACGCCACUGCUCUUCCAGCCGCAGCCCAGCCAGCCGGUCGCCCCGCUGCUGCCGCUGCCCCCCUCGGUGCUGCGCGUGUGGGAGAAGCGGGCAAUCGUGAACCUCACGCUGCCAAGUGCUGGGCCCAGGCGCUACCAAGUGUGGUGCAGGUUCACAGAGCCCCCGUCUCGGUUUGAGGAAUACGUAAUGCCGAGCCUUUUCAAUCUGUUGGUGUUGGCGCUGGUAGCGCUGGUGGCGGUGGUGGCCUGGCUGCAGCGGCGGCAGUACGAGCAGAGCAGGCGGGCAGCAGUGGAGGCGGAUGCAAUGAGGGAGGAGGCGGAAGCGGCUGAGAGGAGCAAGAGCUGCUUUGUUGCUAGCAUGACCCACGAACUGCGCACCCCCAUGCUUGGGAUCAUAGGCAUGCUAGACGUGCUCUCCGACUCACAUCUCUCUAGAAACCAGCUCUCAGACUUAAGCACAGCCCGUUCGUCCGCCCUGAAGGUGCUGAAGCUGGUGAAUCAGGUGCUGGACCUCUCCAAGCUGGAGGUGGGCCGGCUGCAGCUGGAGACGGGCGGGUUUGAUGUGCGCGCGUGGGUGGAGGGGGAGGUGGGCCGCCGAUGGACGGAGGCUCAAGAGAGGAACGUGCACUUGGCAGCAGAAGUGGAUGCCGAUGUGCCGCAGCAGCUGAUGGGAGAUCAGCUGCGCCUCGCCCAGGCGCUCUCUCAAGUCAUGGACUAUGCCUUGUCAUUCACGCCGCACGGGGGCUACGUGCUGGUUCGGGUGGCUGUGGCGGAUGUUGAAGUGCCCUUGGCUCAGCUGGCUCAGUGGAACGCGUCCUGUGCAACAGUCAGCAGCGCGAGUGUGACUACACUGAUAGAUUCAGACGGUGUGACUAUAAAACGGGAUGCUGGCACAGCAGCAGCGGCGGCUUGUGUUGCUGGUAGUGCUGGGCUGUGCAGUGAAGAGCAGAAACUUUGUCCACCUAUGCCCGCACGCAAUAGGCUCAAUAUGCGCAAACGGCUAGGAUAUGGCAGCAGUAGUGUAGGCUCAAAUUGUGACUGCAGAGGAGUGGGGCAGUGCAACCUUCGUGGUCCCUGCAUAGGUGGUAAUUGUACAGGCGAUAAAAGUGGUAACCAUACUAUGGGUGGUCGUAAUAGCCAUACGGUCAUUGUGGAUGGCGACUGUGACUGUACAGGGGGGAGAAGAGCAGCAGCAGGCGGGGCGAUGCAGCUGGUGGUGACGUGUGAGCAUAGCGGGUGUGACAACAGCGAGACCAUGAAUGGAUUUAUGUUCCGAUUUGAGGAGAUGCGUAGCCUGCAGGAGGGAGCUGAGGAAGCUGCUGCGAAGCUCAGCCUCGUGUUGGCUAAGCAACUGGUGACUCUAAUGAAGGGUGACAUGAGCUGCAAGGUGGACCCCGUUACAGGAACAACCUUUACCCUCGCCAUACCAAUUCUCCCUGCCCCGCCACAACUGCCCCAGCCAAGCCUUCCUUCAGCAGCCCUCCACCAGAUCAGCCUGUUCCAUACGAACCUGCCUUCUUCAAAAGCCGUUUUCCCCGCUGCCGCUCCUGCUGCUGCUCCUGCUGCUGCUGUGGCUGAAGCUGGGUUGGUGGGUGUGAACGUGCAUGGUCACGCGGAGGGUAGCAAUGCAGAGCGGGUGGAUGGGGGGGAGAGCCAUGGGACCAUGAUGGACAGCCGCAUGGGGCGGGAGCGGCGGGACUUUUCGGACCUCUCGGGAGUGCUGGUGGUGGUGGCGGAUGGCCAGCCGGAGAGAGCAAAGCUAACUGCCCGGGUGCUGACACACCUAGGAGCAUCUGUGCUGCUGGCAAACGAUGAACAGGCAGCAGCUUCCUUCACAGCCAAUUUUCAGGCCUACCACCAGCAGCCUUCCCGUUCCCACUCGCACCAGCACUUAACUAAGUUGUGUGGGAAGCAGCUGGUGGUGGUAGUGAGCGGGGAGGCUGGCCUGAAGAGGUUCAGGGAGGCCUUCUCCCUACUGAUGCAACAGCAUCAUCAAGAACAGCAGCAGCAAGUGGAGCCGGAGCGACAAGAGCAGAAUCGCGCAGUUGUGUGCAGCACAAGUGAUCGCAGGAGAAGCAAAUUGCACGACUGCAGUCCCUUGUGCUGCACGCCACUGCACAGCCUGGCCCUUUCUGGCAUAGUGGUGCUUGUAGAGAAAGGGGGGCGUAUUGAAGGGGAUGAGGCGGACAUGCACGGGGCUUCCAGGGAGGAGAGGGUGGGUGGCCUUCACAUGAGUCAACUUGAAAGAAGUGUUGAGGAGGGAGGAGGGAGUGACAGCACUCGCCACGGAGUCCAUGAGGGUGGCAUUGGCAUGGUUCCAGUGGUGCUGUGUGAACGGCCUCUCUUCUCCCACCACCUGCUCUCUGCCAUUCAGACCAUUAUCGUGUACCAGCACCACCAGCACCACCCACCUGCUCCCCACCUAGCAGCGGCUCAUCCUGUAAUCACCACUGCUGCUGCCUCUGCAACUGCAACUGCAUCUGCAACUGCCACUGCCACUGCUACUGCUGCAUGUCCUGCACCACCACCUGCAGCAGCCGUUGCUGCUACUGUUGCGCCUGCUGCUACAGUUGCGUCUGGUGUUAUCCCUGCUGAUUCUUCCAGUGGUGCGGGGCUUGGCAGUUCUGGUGCCAAUUGCAAAAAGAAGGUUUCGUUUGUGGACGGGGAGAGACGAGGGGGAGGGUCAGCAGCGAAUGGGGGAGCUGCAGGAGUGGGAGCAAAGGCGAGAAAGGGGAAAGCAGGAGACGGAGCAACCACAGCAGGAGGAGGGGCUGCGGCAGCGGCAGGAAGAGGGGAAGAAGGGAAGAGUCUGCUAGCUGGGUUGAGAAUCAUGGUGGUGGACGACGCAGCAGUGAAUCUGCUGGUGGCGCGCCGCACUCUCACUCGCAGCGGCGCCACCGUGGCCACAGCAGCCAGCGGGGAGGAGGCCGUGCGGCAAGUCAAGCACGCUCUGGGGGACACUGCCGCGGCGGUGGAUGCACGUGUGGAUGCACAUGUGGAUGCACGUGUGGAUGUGGUGCUCAUGGACCUGCAGAUGCCCCUCAUGGAUGGGUUCGUAGCCACAGCGGCCAUACGAGCACACGAACAAGCCCUGCUUCUUCAUCCUGCAUCACCACCAGAAUCAACACCCAAAGCAGCAACAGAAGCCACACAAUCGUGCACGCAAGCGUCAAUCACGCCCACCAUCCCUCGGCUCCUCAUAGUGGCGCUCACAGCAGAUGUGGAUGCUGAAAUCACGCAGCGCUGCCUUGCGAGUGGCUUUGAUGGCGUUCUGCAGAAGCCUGUCGACCCAAGGCUGCUCUCGCAGCUGCUUUUGAAAAUCUUCAAAAACUGA